AUGGACACCAACGUAGCAUAUCCCGAAAUCAACCCAGAGUCCCAAAGAAUCAUCGAAGAUCUCGCUGCAGGCAUGAGAGAAGACGAAGGCUUUGCCGAAUACACGAAUGAUCGAGAGACAGAAUUACAAAUAUACAUCGAGGAGCGCCGAGCGCAUCUCAAGAUUUUCAUAGAGGAGCGUCAACUAUAUCGACAGAUGUAUCUAGAGGAGCGCCAAGCAGUCUCGAGAAGGAACGCAAGGAGGGCCGGUUCAAUCAAUUCAUGA